CUGGGCCGGGGGCGGGCCUCCGCCUGCCUUGCCAGAGCCCUGAGAGCGCCCGGCACCGCGGCCGCCGACGCAGCAGCCGCCUCCGCUCGUCAACCCCGAGGCGCGCGGGCUCCCGGGCGGCCCCGGCGGGCGCGGCGAGAGGACGCGCGAGGCGGCGCGGGGCGGGCCGCACGCGCCCCCGGCCGCCCCCAGCCCGCCCGCGGACCGGCCCAGCGGAGCCCCGGCGCGGGGAAGCGCCGGCCGGGCGAGGGCGAGGGCGAUGCCGCGGUGACGGCCCCGCCAUGGCUAAGCCCGCGGCGACGGCGGCGGCGGCGUCGGAGGAGCUGAGCCAGGUGCCGGACGAGGAGCUGUUGCGCUGGAGCAAGGAGGAGCUGGCGCGGCGGCUGCGGCGCGCCGAGGGCGAGAAGGUGGGCCUCAUGCUGGAGCACGGCGGCCUGAUGCGCGACGUGAACCGGCGGCUGCAGCAGCACCUGCUGGAGAUCCGCGGCCUCAAGGACGUGAACCAGCGGCUGCAGGACGACAACCAGGAGCUGCGCGAGCUCUGCUGCUUCCUCGACGACGACCGGCAGAAGGGGCGCAAGCUGGCGCGCGAGUGGCAGCGCUUCGGGCGCCACGCGGCGGGCGCCGUGUGGCACGAGGUGGCCCGCUCGCAGCAGAAGCUGCGCGAGCUCGAGGCGCGCCAGGAGGCCCUGCUGCGCGAGAACCUGGAGCUCAAGGAGCUGGUGCUGCUGCUGGACGAGGAGCGCGCGGCACUGGCGGCGACGGGGGGCGCAGGCGGUGGCGGCGGCGGCGUGGGCGGCGCCGGCUCCCGCAGCUCCAUCGACAGCCAGGCCAGCCUGAGUGGGCCGCUGGCGGGUGGCGCGCCCGGCGCGGGGGCCCGCGACGUGGGCGACGGCAGCAGUACGUCCAGCGCGGGCAGCGGCGGCAGCCCCGACCACCACCACCACGUCCCACCCCCGCUGCUGCCCCCCGGGCCGCACAAGGCCCCCGACGGCAAGGCAGGAGCCACACGUCGGUCCCUGGACGACUUGUCGGCGCCGCCGCACCACCGCAGCAUCCCCAACGGUCUGCACGAUCCCUCAUCCACCUACAUCAGGCAACUGGAGAGCAAAGUGAGGCUGCUGGAGGGUGACAAGCUCCUCGCACAGCUGCCCCGCCCCUAUGGCCGCCCAAGAAGCUGGCUUCAGGUUCCCAUUGCUCUGAGGGUGGAUGUAGGCCCCUCCCUGCAGACGGCACCUUCAAGCUCUUCAGCUGCGGUGAAACUGGCCUCUUGUGACAGAUCCCCUGGAGCCCCCACAGGCCAGAAGCAGGAGGGCACCUGACCCAGGAGAGUCUGGGCUGGGGGAGGCCUGUGUUGGGGUCCUCUCCCUGAGCCCCACAGUGUCUCCUAAGUCAGACACAGUCAUUGGCAUGACCUAAAUUUGGGAGGGGGAGAGGGAUGUGGCUGCGUUGCUGUCCACUGUGGUCCUGGACCCUGGCCACACCUGGCUGUCCAGCUGAGCCGAGCUGUGCUGUGCCACACGGUGCCAAGGGCCCACGCUCAACUGUCAGGCAUCCUGGAGGGUGCUGAGGAGGGAGGACCCUCGCAGGCACCCACCCAUCCCUGCACUGAGCACUGAGACACCCGGUCCAGAGUCGCGCCAGGUGGCCCCUCCACGGGGACGCCUUCCCAGGGCAUUCCGUGUGAAUCAGCCUGGGGCUCCGAGUCAGGUGGUCCAAGUGGUCACUUGCGGGCAGGCUGCCCAGGUGGGGACACAGGGCACCCCCUCUUCAGCGCCUGCCUCCACCCCCAGCCCUCACUCCCCUUUAGUUGCUGCCUCCCUGAUGGGGCACAGCGCGGUGCCUGGCACACAGAAGGUGCUCUGUUUGUGCCUCUUGGUCACAUAACCGAUGCAGCAGAAGGCACAUUUGAGGCCCCAAAAGCUCUCUGGGAGCAGGAAGCAGGGUGAGAGCAGCUCCCCUGAGCACAGCCCAGAAAGGCGCUUCCUGCCCGCAGUCACCCCACCCAUCCUUCCCAAACAAGCAGCCUCAGGUGGGCAGGCUGGGGUGGGCGGGCUCUUUGUCUCCAUGUCUCAUCCUCUUUCUGUUCAGCACCCCCUCUGACAAUGCUCCCUAGGGGUCACCCCACGGUGGCCCCACAUAGGCCCCCUGCAGCUUUGCAGGCAGGCAUUCCCUGCAGGACGGGGUUCCCCCUCUGGGGAGAAGGCUGGGCCGCACUGCAGAGGCCCAGAAAGGGCUGGGGAACGACUGGAGUUCACCCAGCGAGUCCCCACUGGGCCCCGAGUCGGGCAGUGUUGCAGUGAAGGCCCUGGAUACAGGCUGGGGGUAUCCUGAACUCCGGUCCUCAGUGGAAAAGGGGGCCCUGCAACCUCCUGGGUCUCUUCCUCCCUAGUCCGGGACACUCAUGCUGCCCUCUGGAAGCCCUAGAAGUGAGUAAUGCGGAUUGCGCCUGGCCAGGGUGGAAGGGGCCAUGCUGUGUGUUUGGCAGGGCUGGGGCCACGCUGUGUGUUUGGCAGGGCUGGCCCCACCAUGUUAAGGAUUCGGGAAAUCUUGUUUGAGCUCUGAGCUGGCAGCUCUGUGUGUAAGAUCCCUUCUCCCUGGGUCCUGAGGGAGCCACCCCAGGAAGACUGGGCAGGUGGGUGUUCCUGGGGAGCGGCAGUGGACCCCCCACCUCCCCACCCAGGAAAGGCCAGCACCUUCCUUAGCUGCGAGCUCUUCUCUGUGUGCAGAACAAGCCCAGCAGGUGAUUUCAGCUCCUGCUUCCCCUCCUCGGGGAAAUCCUAGGGAAUCUCAUUCUGCAAAGGGAGUGACCUGUCUCAUAGCAGGAUUUUUAAUUUGGAUUUAAGUGCAAUAAUGGUUACUCAUUUGAUGCGUCAUUAGUCACAUUGCCCCUUAAUGAGAGAUUGUGUGUUUUUCCUGCCUGGCUUUGUGGCUUGCUAAUAAAGUUCUAUGGACAUGCAAAUGUUUAUAGAGGCUCACCGAAGGCAAGGGUGGGAAUUGCGUGCAGCUAAUUAAAAACCUCCCUCAUGCUCACGCAGGCACAUCUUCUCCCAGGGAAAUUAUCUGGGGGAGGGGAAGGGACGGCAGCACAAACCCGCGUUUUCAGUAACAGCACGUGGGAGCCCUUUUGGUCGAGGGCCAGAGAGGAUGUGGAGGAAGGGAUGCCAGAGUCCAAACAGAAGCUGAGCAGGGCAGGGCAGGGCCGGCUGAAGGGGAGGGCAGCUGUUCCAAUCCCAGGUGUACCCUUCCUGGCUGUGUGGCCCAGUAGUCAGACUGUGCGUAUGUGCGCGCACGCAUUCAGAGUGUGUGCUGGCUUAGAAUGCAUUCUCCAUUGGAGAAGAUUUUGUAACUCUCUUACUGUUGCAGAGUCCUGGCCAAGAAAAUCAGGUGGUUUGGAAUUUUUGCCCUUAGGGGUACAUCUCUCAGGAGAGGUGACCCAGGGAGGCAUGGGUGGCUCUGAUGGGGUGGGGGGAGGGGUGUCACUCAUGGUUGGGGGAAGGUGAGUGAGUGCUGGGCCUAGGGGUGGGGGCUGUAGCCUCUUCCUCUUUUUGGUACCUGGUGGGUGGGGAGGGGGCUUUCCUUGAUCUGACCUCCACCUGGGGGCCAUGAGUGCCUCUAGUUAACCUAGGCAGGGUCAGCCAGGGUUAAUACCUUGGUCAGGGCAUGGCAGUCCCAUUUGAUGGUUCAGGGCUGUGCCCAAGGCCCCCGUGCUGAGACCCCUUUGCAAUGCUCGCCAGGGUUAUCUAAAACCCAUCAUCACACUUUGGGGGCCCUGCAGGAAGGUUUGUUCCCACUUCUCUCUCUCCUUUAUGUCCCUCCCUGGCCUUGGACCACACCCAGGUCCUCCCUGAGGCCCAGGAAGCAGCUCCCAGCCUCCAGUGCCCAGCUGCCCUGGCUGACCGGCGUCUGGUGGGCGUGGGCUAUUUAAUGAGGGGAAUCACUGCCCGGAUCCCUGCUUUCCUGUCUUGGCUCCGUGGGCCUCCGUGGGAGCUGGUAAUAGAGCAUCCACUUGCCUCCUCACCCCCCGGAGGACACGGCUGUUUGCUGGCCCUUGAGCCAAGCUCUUGAGACCUCCCAGCCCCAGUGGGGGGCCUGGCCAGGGCUCUGAUGGGGCUGGGAGAACACAAGAGCUGGACCUCAGUGAGGCUGGGGCUUGUGAGAAGUGCGGGGCCAGGUCCAGCUUUUGAGGGAGGCAAGCAGGGUGUGUGGGGGAUCUUUCACAGCCAGGCCGAGGGGCUGGUGAGUGGAACUGGGACCCCAGACAUGGCUGCAGCCUGUCCUGCCCUCCUUGCCCCUGCCCUAGCCCAGCCCCAGCCUGGGCCUCCCCUGCCCCUGCAGUUUGUUUGGGUAACUCAACAGCCUGCUGAUUUAUGGGACAUUCCGCAGUGUUUUAUCUGCCCAGCCGCUUUCUCUCAGUUCCUUUGAAGUAGAAAAGGGUGUUUCGGCCAGAAACACCCACAACCCUUUAGUGAUGCAGAAAGAAAAGAAAGGCCGGGCCUUCUGCUGGGCCGGGCCAGGGGAGGGCCACGGUGGGACUGACCUGAGAAGUUUAUGGGUGGGACCUGUGGAUUCAUUCUGGCUCCUGGUCCCAGCCCCAGCCCCAAAUUCUGGGGGUUGGUGGUGUUUGCUUUGCUCUUAAGCAAAGGGUCUAAGGCCAAGCCUUCCUCCCUCCCUCCUGUGUGCAGGGCAUUAGUUAGACCCCACAGCUUGCACGAGUUCUCAGGGAUUCAGAGGCAGCACCCAGGACCUGCUUUAGGAGCUCCCUGCCCAUCUGAUGGGGGAGGCAGCCUGGGUGGAGCAUCCCUAGAGAGCCCUGAACCCGUGGGAGGUGGGAGGCCUCACCUGUGGAUGUGGCCCGUCUGCUGCCGAUGGCUGGCCCAGGCCCUGUGAGUAGUGCCAUCUGUGCAGGGACCCAAGGGCAGGAAGUUGGAGCGGAGGAGCCAGGGUGAGUCACGGGGUGGGAGACACUCUCUCCUCACUUGCUCUCACUGGCUCUCCUUCAUUCAUUCAUUCUGUUUAUUCAGCCAUCCAACAAAUGUUUAUGAAGCCCACGUUGGAGAGUGGAUCGCUGACAUUUGAGCUGGGGAGAGUGAGGAUCGAUUAAUCCCGGCUCGGGGGACGGAUAAGGGGUGUGGAGGGGAGGGUGGAGGGGUCCUCCGGGGCCGUGCCUUUGAGCAGACCCUGCUGCUGUGAGGAGCCAUGCCCAGGGCCCUUGGCCUCCUCAGCCUGGCCCUCCGUCUAACCCCUCUCCUU